AUGGAUACCAUUUUGCGAGAGCUUGAAGCAGGGCACAGACUUGGGUCUGGUCAUCGCCUGGCAGCUGCCCUCACUCCGAUUGAUACGCCGGAACACCCAGACCGCUUGAAGUCAUUCUACUUCUUCUCCAAUGCCGCUCAGCUAUCCACCAGUCUACGAUAUUAUAUCUCCCACCUCAGCGGAGUCCGCAUACCGAAGGAAGACCUCAACGCCUGGGUCGAUAUCUUUUCGGCGUACUGGAAGGCAAUCGGAGAGAUUGUCAACUUCGACGAAAUUCCAUCGCGCGCGAGCUGGGCCAACGUUUUCGAUAGCUGGAAAGACCUGGCAAAUGUGCUGAUUAGAGCUUACACGAACCCGGGGCUGGAGGCUUGGACCAUACCUUGUCUUUACGUUGUUGGGAAAUACCUACGGGUCUUCGCAUCCAAAGCCGACGCAGAGUCUUUGUCCCAGGGAUCUGUCGCGUAUUCUGAGGAUGAUAUGUUCACCGACUUUGGGAAGAAUGCGAAGACUGAGGAGUCGGCGCGGGUGCUGAACCGCAUGUUCACCCUCUGUCUCAAUGACAGAGCGGCAAUGGAAGAAUCCCGAAAAUGGGGCGUCUAUUACAUGUCGAAUCUGUUAUUUAAAACGUACUUCAAGAUCAAUGCCGUCGGCCUUUCCAAGAACCUGCUGCGCGCUCUCAAUGCUCAGUCGCAGGACCUCCCGGAUAAGGAACGCUAUCCCAGAUCGCACAUUGUGACAUUCAACUACUUUGUUGGUGUCAUAUUCUUCCUGGAUGAAAAUUACGCUGAGGCAGAGACGCACCUCGCAUAUGCUUGGAACUACUGCCAAAAGCACGCGAUCAAGAACAAGGAGUUAAUAUUGACAUAUCUCGUGCCCUGCCACCUCGUCAACACCCAUACCCUCCCGAGCAAGAAGCUUCUUAAUGAUUUUCCACGCCUUGAAAAGCUGUUUCGCCCACUAUGCGACUGCAUCCGGAAGGGAGAUCUCCACGGCUUCGAUGCCGCCAUGUCUGCAGGUGAAGAAGAGUUUGUCAGGAGACGCAUUUACCUGCCACUCGAAAGGGGACGAGACAUUGCGUUGCGCAAUCUGUUUAGAAAGGUCUUCAUAGCUGGUGGAUUUGAAGAGCCCAAAGACGGACAGCCGCCGAUCCGACGUACAAGGAUUCCCGUCGCCGAAUUCGCAGCAGCGCUUCGGAUCGGCACUCAUGCAGACGCGAGGACCCGAGUCGAUAUCGAUGAGGUUGAAUGUCUGUUAUCCAACCUCAUUUACAAAGGCCUGAUGAAGGGCUAUAUCGCCCGCGAGCGCGGCAUGAUUGUCCUCAGCAAAGGCGGAACAGCUUUUCCCGGAACAGGUGUAUAG